UGUCGGGAUCAGCUUGUUGGGCAGCAGCCAUAGCGGCUAGAUCAAUGUUGGUGCCAGGCGAUAAGCUGAUCUGUUGAAUGCGUGAAAGCGCAUCAGCGACGGGAUUGAGAGCACCUGAGACAUGACGUACGUCUGUCGUAAACUGAGAAACGUAGUCUAGGUGUCUAGUUUCCCGCGGAGAAUACUUGUCUGUUGCGCCAUUAAUUGCGUAGAUCAAUGGCUUGUGGUCAGUGAAGACUGUAAAAUGUCGACCUUCGAGGUAGUGACGGAAAUGUCGGAUACCUAGGUAGAUAGCUAACAGUUCCCUACCGAAGGUGCUGUAACGCGAUUCGGCAGGUUGUAAACGUUUCGAGAAGAAACCUAGAGGUAUCCAUCGAUGGUCGAUGAGUUGUUGAAGAACUGCACCGACGGCAGUGUCGGAAGCGUCAGUCGUCAGGGAGAGUGGUGCAGACGUGUCUGGAUGGGCGAGAAGCGCUAUGUUGGAGAUAGCGUCUUUGAGCUUCUCGAAAGACAGUCUAGCGUCGUCUGUAAAAUGAAAAGACCGUUGGUUACCGCGGAGCAAGUCAGUCAUUGGUUGAACAAUGCUCGCGCAGUUAGGAAUAAAACGUCUAUAAUAGUUAACCAGGCCAAGAAAUCGGCGUAACUGCUUGAAGGAACUGGGAGCAGGAUAGUCCUUCAGUGCCUGGAUUUUGUCUGGCAGAGCUUCAAUACCAGACGCGGAUAUGCGGUGGCCAAGAAAGUCGAUGGAGCUUUGGCCAAGCUCGCAUUUAUCGGGGUUGACGGUAACCCCAUGCUGGGUUAAGCGUUGGAAGAGAGCGUCAAGGUGAUGAAGAUGUUCGUCAUUAGAAGAGCUGGCGAUAAGAAUGUCAUCUAGAUAAGGAUAAACGCCUUCGAGUCCUCGCGUUACCUCAUGAAUGAAACGCUGAAAAGUUUGGGCAGCGUUGCUGAGGCCGAAAGGCAUUCUGAGGUACUCGAAUAGGCCAAAUGGCGUAAUGACUGCUGUUUUAGCGAUGUCGUCUGGCGCCACAGGUAUCUGAUGGUAGGCGCGAACUAAGUCGACUUUGCUGAAGAUAGACUUGCCAGCUAGAGCUGAGGUCAAGUCGUGCAUGUGCGGGAUAGGGUAUUUAUCCGGGACGGUAACUUUGUUAAGUGCCCUGUAGUCACCACAAGGGCGCCAGUCACCGGAUUUCUUCGGCACCAUGUGUAAUGGUGAUGCCCAUGGACUUUUAGACGGGCGGAUGAUUCCCAGUUCGAGCAUUUGCUCGAAUUCCGCCUUAGCAGCUUUGAGCUUGUCCGGGGCUAAUCGGCGAGGGCGGGCCGAAACAGGUGGGCCCUUAGUGCAAAUGUAAUGCAUGACGUUCGACGUCACAGGAGGCAAGUCGUUCAGGACGCGAACGAGUUUAGGGUGCCUGCUGAAAAGUUCUAGAAAAGGCUGUGAAGCUUGAGGUAGGACACGAAUGGGAGUGAUAGCAGCCACGUUGGCGCUGGUCCCGAUAAUACUGAGCUGUGUCCUGGAGUCGAUAAGCUUCUUCCUUUUAGCGUCGACGAUGAGGUCGAAGCGUUGGAGAAAGUCUAUGCCUAUGAUAGCGAAAGGCACGGCAGCGAUUAUGAAAGGCCAACGAAAGGUUCGCCGGAGGCCUAAAUUGAGCGUUAACAGCUUUUCGCCGAAAGUUGCGAUUGGUGUGCCAUUGGCGGCACGCAGCUUGGUCGGCGAUGGUGAGACGACCUCAUCUGAGCUACGGGGUAUGACGCUAACUUCGGCACCAGUGUCGACUAGAAAGUCGGUGCCGGAAGUUAAAUCCCUGACGCGGAUGAGGCGACUUUGGUGUUGGCCAGUCGCGUCCGUCGCCGUUACGGACCGGCCGGGCAGUUUCCCUGCUUCUCGGCAAAGGUGCAAGGUUUGACACAUUUACGAGCUGCGGUACCAAAACGUUGAUGGUACCAACAGCUGGCCUGCCUGUUUCUAGACUUAGAACGUUUGCAGGGCGAUGUUGAGCGGCUAGGACGACGAGGGUUCAUAGUAAGCUGUUGCACCUGGCGACUAAGUGUCGCAACUUGUGUUUGGAGGGCUUCUAUAGUUGACUGUAAGCCAGUGAUAGAAGUGCCCUGGGACGCGACGGCAUGGACCUUGCUGGCGUUGGCUUGUGGCUGUGCUCGUUCAAUAACUCGAUCGGCUAAGUCUGCUAGUUGAGUGAGCGAAACGGAGCUCACUGUAGCGAGAAUCGCUUGCGUGUUUUCCGGUAGCCGUUGUAGCCAUAGUUCGCGAAGUAAAGUCUCAUCCAUGGUUGAGGAACCAAGGAGUUGCUGCAUCUCCCGUAGCAGGGUUGAGGGCAGUUUGUCGCCCAGCUGCAGAUCCCUGAAAAGCUGCUGCAGGCGAACUUUCUCAGAGGGCAUAACACGCUUAAUCGUGGCUUCCUUGAGAGCCUCAUAGCGGUUUUCGGUCUGAGAAAUGAUGACGUCACGAACCUGCAUUGAUAUCUCCUUGGGGAGAUAGGACAGGAGCUUGCAGUACUUCGCAUAGUCGGAAGUGAUUCUGUGGUUAUAAAACUCGGCCUCAAGAUGAGCGAACCACAAAACAGGAUCCAUGUCCCAAAAAGGUGGCACAGAGAGAGAUACAACGCUUAGUAGAGACUCUACCUUAUGGUC